AUGUUUUCAAAUUUCCAUUCCAGUCUUUCAAAAGACCUUUCAUUUAUUUUAUAUGAUUCUGAUGAUUAUAAUGUUAUUAUUCAAGUUGGUGAAAAUCAAAAUAUGAAAGAAUUUCGUGCACAUUCAGUUAUUUUACGUGCUCGUUCUACUUAUUUUAAAGGGGCACUAUCAAAUUAUUGGAUUACGAAAGAAAAUGAUAUGAUUAAGUUUUUUAAACCAAAUGUUACACCAAUUGUUUUUGAUAUGAUUUUAAAAUAUAUUUACACUGGUGAGCUUAAUUUAAAUAAGCAAUCGAGUGAAGAUAUUCUUAAAUUGUUAGUUGCAUCUGAUGAAUUACUUAUUGAUGAAUUAUUCGAAUAUGUUCAAAACUAUUUAAUUGAAAGACGAAAUAGUUGGAUACGACAAAAUUUUGUUCACGUUCUUCAUACUGUGUCUAAAUUUAUUCGUUGCAAAAAAUUACAAAAUUAUUGUCUUGAAACUAUUUGUGAAGAACCGGAACCAUUUAUAACAUCAAAAAAUUUUCUCUCAUUAGAAAAAGAUAUUCUUUAUAGCCUACUUGAGCGAGAUGAUCUACAAAUUAAAGAAAUCGAUGUUUGGGAUUAUUUAGUUAAAUGGGGUAUUGAACAAACUCCUGGUUUGGGAAGUGGGAAUAGUGAUAGAACAAAAUGGAAUAAUGAGAAUUAUGAAUCAUUAAAGAAAACAUUAUGUCAAUUUAUUCCACUUAUUAGAUUUAUAGAACUUUCUAAUACAGAUUUUAUAGAUAAAGUUCAACCUUAUAAGGAUAUUAUUCCAAAUCAUAUUUAUGAGGAAGUUAAAAACUUUUAUUAUAAAAAUACCUUACCAAAAACAAUAACUUUACCAUCUAGAAUAGGAAAAUUUGAAUCAAAAAUUAUCAAACCAAAACUUGCAAAUAUUAUAGUUAAUUGGAUUAAUAAUAAAAAAUCUCGUACUAUAAAUGAUUCAUAUUAUAAAUUUAAACUUGUUUACCGUGGUAGUAGGGAUGGUAUGAAUAGUAAUUCAUUUAGAAAUAGAUGUAGUGGUAGAGUAGCGAGUUUGGUUUUAAUUAGGGUUCAACCAUCGGGUAAGAUUUUUGGGGGGUAUAGUUCAAUUGGGCUUAGUUCAAUUGGAGAUAAUUAUUCUAUUGGUGAAUAUGGGUUUAAAUUUUAUGAAGCGUCAGAUAAUUUUAUUUUUUCGUUCGAAAAUAGUAAAGAUACUCAAAAUAUGAAAAUAAGUCGAGUAGUAAAUCAUUCUAAAGCUAUAUUAGAUUAUACGGCGGGAUUUAAUUUUGGACGAAGUUCAUUGUGUAUGUCAGAUCAAAAUUUGUAUUUAAGUAAUUAUUAUGGGAAUUAUGAAAAUAAUUUAAAUACAAACACAAUUUAUAAUAUUGAAGAAAUUGAAACAUUUAUCGUAUCUAAGCAAUAAUUUCAUUUAUU